AUGUCGGACGAACAGGGCAGCGGCGAAACCUUCGCCUUCCAGGCUGAGAUCGCCCAGCUGAUGUCCUUGAUCAUCAACACAUUCUAUUCGAACAAGGAGAUCUUCCUCCGGGAAUUGGUGUCCAAUGCCUCCGAUGCCCUGGACAAGAUCCGCUACCAGGCGCUGACGGAGCCCUCGGAGCUCGACUCUGGCAAGGAACUCUUCAUCAAGAUCACGCCCAACAAGGCCGAGAAGACCCUCACCAUCCUCGAUACUGGUAUCGGCAUGACCAAGGCGGAUCUUGUCAACAACUUGGGUACCAUCGCCAAGUCUGGCACCAAGGCGUUCAUGGAGGCUCUCCAGGCUGGAGCUGACAUCAGCAUGAUCGGACAGUUCGGUGUGGGUUUCUACUCCGCCUUCCUGGUUGCUGACAAGGUCGUCGUCACUUCCAAGAACAACGAUGAUGACUGCCACCAGUGGGAGUCUGCCGCCGGCGGAUCCUUCCUCGUCCGCACCGUCGAGGACCCCGAGGUCACUCGCGGUACCAAGAUCGUCCUGCACAUGAAGGAGGACCAGGUCGAGUACCUUGAGGAGCGCCGCGUCAAGGAGAUCAUCAAGAAGCACUCGCAGUUCAUCGGCUACCCGAUCAAGCUCGUCGUCGAGAAGGAGCGCGAGAAGGAGGUCGAGGACGACACCCCGGAAGAGGAGAAGAAGGAUGAGGAUAAGAAGGAGGGCGAGGUCGAGGAUGUCGGUGAGGAUGCUGAUGCCGAGUCCAAGGACAAGAAGAAGAAGAAGAUCAAGGAGAAGUACUUCGAGGACGAGGAGCUCAACAAGACGAAGCCAAUCUGGACCCGCAACCCAGACGACAUCUCCAACGAGGAGUAUGCCGAAUUCUAUAAGAGCUUGAGCAACGACUGGGAAGACCACCUCGCCGUCAAGCACUUCAGCGUUGAAGGUCAACUCGAGUUCCGCGCUCUCCUCUUCGUCCCGCAGCGUGCUCCUUUCGAUCUCUUCGAAAACAAGAAGUCGAAGAACUCCAUCAAGCUGUACGUGCGCCGUGUGUUCAUCAUGGAGAACUGCGAGGAGCUGAUGCCCGAGUACCUCAACUUCGUCAAGGGUGUCGUCGACUCUGAGGACCUCCCGCUCAACAUUUCCCGUGAGAUGCUCCAGCAGUCCAAGAUCCUGAAGGUCAUCCGCAAGAACCUCGUCAAGAAGUGCAUGGAGCUCUUCGACGAGAUCGCUGAGGACAAGGACAACUUCAAGAAGUUCUACGAGCAGUUCGGCAAGAACCUGAAGCUCGGCAUCCACGAGGACUCCACCAACCGCAAGAAGCUCUCCGACUACCUGCGCUACGCCUCCUCGAUGGUGGAUGAGCCAACCUCGCUGAAGGACUACGUCUCCCGCAUGAAGGAGAACCAGAACCAGAUCUACUACAUCACCGGCGAGUCCAAGGACCAGGUCUCCAACUCCGCCUUCGUUGAGCGUGUCCGCAACCGUGGCUUCGAAGUCUUGUACAUGAUCGACCCGAUCGACGAGUACUGCGUCCAGCAGCUGAAGGAAUACGAGGGCAAGAAGCUCAUCUCCGUCACCAAGGAAGGACUCGAGCUGCCCGAGACCGAAGAGGAGAAGAAGAAGUUCGAGGAGGACAAGGUCAAAUACGAGGUCCUCUGCAAGGUGAUCAAGGACAUCCUCGAGAAGAAGGUCGAGAAGGUCACCAUCUCCAACCGCCUCGUCAACUCGCCAUGCUGCAUCGUCACCUCCGAAUACGGAUGGUCCGCAAACAUGGAGCGCAUCAUGAAGGCACAGGCCCUCCGGGACUCUUCCACGAUGGGAUACAUGGCCGCCAAGAAGCACCUCGAGCUCAACCCCGACCAUCCAAUCAUCAAGACUCUUCUCUCCCGGGUCGAGGUUGACAAGAACGACAAAGCCGUCAAGGACCUCGUUGUUCUGCUCUUCGAAACGGCCCUCCUCUCCUCCGGCUUCUCCUUGGAAGAGCCGGCCGCCCACGCCGCUCGCAUCUACCGCAUGGUCAAACUCGGGCUCGACAUCGGUGGUGACGACGACGAGGAUGAGGAAGACGCGCCCGCCACUUCUUCAGCUGAAGCCCCCAAGCUCGACGGAGAUGAGGAGGAUGCGUCCCGCAUGGAAGAGGUCGAU